AUGACGACACAGGGCAUAGUGCGGGGGUACUAUGCACCCCACCCACCGCACUACACCUACCUCGGCAUACCCUACGCCCGUCCGCACACGCGUUACGACAGGUUUAAGAGUAGCGUGGUGGCUGAGCGCGACAGUUCGUGGAAGAUCUUCAAGCAUGGCGUGGCUACUAGAGAUUGUGUCCGCGUUGCUACUCGUAUCGUACGUCAGUUUACUGUAUUUGAUGUUAAGAAGAACAUUCUAGACGUCAACUCUGAUGCCGUGGUGAGGGGUGCGCCUCGGUUACUAAGAGACGGUUCAGAUUGCGAGGUGAGCGCACAUCUGCAGUCUGGGUGGGUGUGUGGCGUACAUCGCGUCGCCAGCAAUACGACUCACUUCGCUAGCUUCCUGGGUGUGCCGUACGCAGCACAGCCUCUAGGCGAACGUCGGUUUCGAGAGUUAGAGCCUGUGGAGCCAUGGGAUGACUUCUACGAUGCAUCUAACGAAGGACCUAUAUGUCCUCAACACGACAUAUUUUACGGACCCCUGCUGGGCUCUGCCAACAUGAGUGAAGCGUGCAUAUCCGCCAACAUCCAUGUACCUUUGGAUGCCUUACCCGGGUACGAGACUCCGACGCCAGAUCAGGAACUUCUACCUGUUAUAGUCUUCGUUCACGGAGGUGGCUUCGCUUUCGGUUCUGGAGGAAUAAGUCUUCAUGGGCCAGAGUAUCUCAUGCAUAAAGACGUCAUCGUCAUCACUUUUAACUACAGGUUAAAUGUCUUCGGCUUCCUCUCGCUGAACUCGUCGAGCAUCCCCGGUAAUAACGGUCUGCGUGAUAUCGUAACCCUGCUGAGAUGGGUGCAGACCAAUGCCCAGUCGUUCGGCGGAGAUCCCAACAACGUGACGCUGGCAGGGCAGAGUGCCGGAGCCAGCUGUGCACAUCUACUAUCUUUGUCCAAUGUCGCGGAUGGAUUAUUCCACAGACUAAUAUUGAUGAGCGGUACUAGCACCAGUUACUUUACCACUUCUCCAGCGUACGCUCAGGUAGCGGCGAAUCUAUUCUUAUCCAACCUCGGCAUCAACGCCACUGACCCAGAGGUAAUCCAUCAACAGCUGAUAGACAUGCCGCUCCAAGAUAUCAUGGAAGCCAAUAAGCAAACUCAAGAUCAAAACGGCAUCGUAGCUUUUCUGCCGGUUGUCGAAUCCUCAUUCCCAGGUGUCACCGCGGUAUUGGAAGACGACCCUGAUGUUUUAAUGUCAAAUGGCCGCGGAAAGAAUAUUCCGUUAAUAGUUGGUUUUACGACAGCAGAGUGCGAAGCAUUCCGUCCGAAUUUCGAGGGAAUUGACAUAUUAAGUCUUAUAAACGAAAGUCCACAACUAAUUUUAUCGCCGAAUCUACUUUACAAAGUGCCGACUAAUGUCGCGUUGGAUUUGGCACAGAGAGUUAAAGAGAGGUAUUUCAAUGGUACACCGACUAUGGAUAAGUUUAUAAAGAGUUGCUCUGAUUCAGCUUAUGUUUAUCCCGCUAUGAAAUUAGCAGAAAAACGAGUUUUAAUGCAAGGAGCUCCGGUGUUCUUGUAUCAAUAUUCUUAUGAGGCAGAUUUCAAUGUGAUGAAGGAGGCCAAAGGACUUUCGUACGAGGGUGCUACCCAUGUAGAAGAUUUGACGUUUGUCUUCCGAGCGAAUGCUAUGGAAGGUGUACAAGGCUUUUCGCCUCCUACGCAAAAGGAUAAACUAAUGGCAAAAUGGAUGACAAUGUUCUUUAAAAACUUUUCGUAUUGCAAUGACCCGACUUGCAAUCAGCUUCCGCAGUCAAACUGGCCGGCAGUCGAGGAGCCGUUGCCUGUCCAGUACCAGAACAUCAACAUGCCCAUGUCCUUUUCGUUCACGGAGCUGACAAAUGAACAGCAAGACAUGGUGCAGUUCUUCGACAGUUUAGAGAACAGUACCAGUCAAAUAUGAGACAUUGUUUUGCGGUGUGUUGCUUGUGUG